AUUGGUUUUAAAAGUUUACCCGAUUUUGUUAUUGAGGGAUGCAAAUCAAAACACGUUCCAUCGUUGAGGGGUGCAAAAUAGACGUUCUUACUCAUUUACAUUGGUUUUAAAAGUUAGGGGCGCUUGGCUAUUGGUGCUCCAGUCGGCGAGCGGCGGAGGCGGCGCAGGGGGCUCUUGAUUUCUAGGCUCACCGACGAGGGGAGAGCGGAGGGAGGAGAGGAGCUCGUCGCGAUGGUUACGGCUCGGGGCUCUCGGUGCCAAGGCGGCCGCAAUUUGAUGGAUUUGUCCCCUUCGUUGACAGGUGGGCCUCAGGGCCCACAUGGCCGAUGACGUCAUGCUCGCCUCGCCGGAAGCAACGAGAGCUAGCUGCUGCCGGCCACACCCGGACCAUGGCGCGCGCCCAGCCACGGCGACCAGGCCAGCGUCGUGUUCGACGACUACGUCAGCAGAGGGAUGCCAAAUGCCAUGCUCGAUUGUGUUGCGUGCUUCCCUGUGACAUCAAAAGCAACAAGGUCAGCAAGCGAAAGACUCCCGAGCAUUUCAACGAACACCUCAUGCGCGAGUAGAACGGAGCGGCAGAAGCGGCGAACUCGUCCUGUCGCGGCGACGGUGAACGGCAGUAGUAGAGGCCCCAACAGCGGCAGCGGCCACAGAUCGACGCCCACAUGCGUUCUGCGACGUGCCGACCUCGCAAGGCUGCGGCGCCGCUCGGGGUUCGGUGUGUCCAAUUCGGAACCCGGAACCCACCGUGACGGCGAACCACCCGACGGUGAACGACGGAAGUGUUACUGCAUCAAUACAGAGCACUACCCGUAACUCUAGUAUCAUUGGGCCUAGAAGAUCCAAACGAGAAGUCCACACCAACCCAAAGUAUAUGGGCUGUGAUUGGGUUACUGGUUGAGGAAGUCUAUAAAUACUAGAAGGAUCUUCUAGAGGCGUGCGUUGGAAUUGAAUCAAAACUUCUAUCUGAAGAAAUCAUUCCUCCUCCUAACUCUGCUUCCUUUUUCCUCUGCUCUGAAAUGCUCUGUUCUGUUCUGUUCUUCCUUCUCAUCCCCAAUUUCAUCUGUGAUUCGAUCUAGGGUUCGUAACAUCUUGGUAUCAGAGCACGAUCCUGGAGCGGCCGACAUUCAAGACGCGUUUGCAAGGUCAAGUGGACGCCAUGGAGAAGCAGCAUGAAGGCUUCGGGAAGAUGCUGUCCAGUAUUCAGGAGGCGAUCGGCGCCAUGUCGGUGAAGCAAGGCGAGGUGCAGGAGACGAUGAACAAAAUGGAGAAAUCCAUUUCAAGUUGGCGACCUCAGGUUGAUGCUGCGGUGCAGAGCUUGCAGCGCGACAUGGAGUUGCUGAGAAAUCAAGUCGGUGCGGUGGAGCGACAUCAAGCGGAAGCUGACAAAUCGUCGAACACCUCGCAGGCGUUGGAGGAGCGGGAGGAAAUUGCUCGUCGCACAUCUCAGUUGCCGACGUCGCCAACCACGUCUCUGCCAGUAUCGCAGGCGUUGGAGGAGCGGGAGGAAAUUGCUCGUCGCGCACCUCUGUUGCCGACGCCGCCAACCGCGUCUAUGCCAGCCUCGACUGGCGAAAUUGGUCUGGAUGGCCACCGCAUUUCAACUCAGUUCCGGGGGAGGGCAUCGGGGGUAGUCACUACUCUCGUCCCACCUCCGGGCAAGGGUACGCACUCUCUACCAUUUUCUCCUCGUGUUCAUCCAAAUUUUUCGGAGUUUGUUGGUCGCGAGGAGAGUGGGGGAUCAGUGGGGCGUGGGUACAAUCACAGAUUGCCGAAAUUGGAUUUUCCCCAAUUUGAUGGCAGUGAUCCUCAGAAUUGGCGUUUAAGAUGUGAACAUUAUUUUGGGGUUUAUGGCACUCAUCCAGAUUUAUGGGUUAGAGUAGCUACCAUUUAUUUCAUUGGUCGAGCUGCAUCUUGGUUACGUUCUUCGCGAGCUCAUUUGCUUUGUGGGAAUUGGGGAGUUUUUUGUGAUACGGUGGAUAGGAAGUUUGAUAGGAAUAGACACCUUCAGCUUGUUCGUCAGAUUGAUCAACUCAAGCAGUCAGGGUCGGUGAAUGAGUAUUAUGAGCGUUUUGAUGAUUUGUGGAGUCAGUUGUUAGUUUAUGAUCCAACCUUGAGCACUGUGAGUUGUGUCCAUAGAUUCACGGAGGGAUUACGCAGUGAUAUUAAAAAUGCAGUGUUAAUGCAUUUUCCCCAAGAUUUGGAGACUGCUUUGGCUCUUGCUAUCUUACAGGAGGAAUUGGGAGAGGCUGGUGGAUCUUUGGUGUCCAAGGAUGGGAAGAAAUUGGGUGAUCACGCUGCUCGAAUUAAAAGUGCUUACCCUUUACCUUUACCACCACCCAAAUUUGUGCAUGCUGGCAAGGGAGAUGAUAAAAGAACAGCUGAAGUUCCUAAAGUGGCCAAUUCUUCUGAUAAAUUGGUUGCUCUCAAGGCCUAUCGACGAGCUCAAGGUCUUUGCUAUGUUUGUGCUGAAAAAUGGUCUCCUACUCACAAGUGUUCAGGAUCAGUACAGUUACAUGCUGUUCAAGAACUCUUCAGUGUUUUGGCAGCUGAUGUUUCUGAGGGUGAACAGGAUGCUGAUUCUAUCUCUAGUUUGAUGGCUAUUUCUUUACAGGCCAUUCAAGGCACGGUUUCUGCACAUACUUUGCGAUUACAAGGGUCCAUUCAAGGCUUUGAUGUGUUAAUUUUGGUGGAUUCAGGCAGCUCUUGCAGUUUUCUCAGUUCAGUGGUUUUACCUCAUCUCACUGGUGUGAAAUCUUUACUUACUCCAGUUCAAGUAAAGGUAGCCAAUGGUGCUGUUCUUUCUUGUACCUCUGAGUUGCCGGCUGCAAAAUGGGAGGUUCAAGGGCAUCAGUUCUCUACUGAUUUCAAACUGCUUCCUUUGGACAAUUAUGAUAUGAUCUUGGGUAUGGACUGGUUAGAGAAAUAUAGUCCAAUGGAUAUCAAUUGGCAGGCCAAAACAAUUCAGUUUGGUCUUCUUGAUAAGUCAGUGGAACUUAAAGGAGUGGUACCGGAAUUGGAUAAAUGUGAUCUGGUCUCUAUUCAUCAGUUACAGCUGUUGCACAAUCAAGGAGCUGUGGAGUCCUUGGUUCAGCUCACUGCCAGUGACGGCUCUAGUUCUUCUCAAAAUGUUCCAAGUUCAAUUCAGUCCAUUUUGGAUGAAUUUGCUGACAUUUUUAAUGAACCAGACGGGUUGCCACCUUCUCGAUCUUAUGAUCACACUAUUCCUAGCUGGUUGAGGUCGCGAAGGUUGACGCUGUUCCACGACCACCCGGUCCUGGGGGCCGGGAGGUACCGCCCGUUCGCGGCGCUGUGGAGCAUGAGGAUGUCGCCGCCGUCGAGGUGGAGUAUGUGCACCGUCCACGCCGCGCGGUCCUGGUGCAGGUAGACGCCGCUCCCGUCCUCGCCGGCGCGGAGGUCCGCAGCCACACGUGGUGCCCGUCGUGGAACUUCUCCAUUGCCUCCGGCGAGCGGCGGAGGCGGCGCGGGUCUCUUGCUUUCUUGGCGCUCCCGUCGGCGAGAAGAAGAGACGGCGCGGCGAGGGGAGAGCGGAGGGAGGGGAGCAGUUCGCUGCGCUCUUGGUUUCUUGCGCCGCGGCGGAGGCGGCGUUGGCCAAUGGCCUCGGCAGCCAACCUGCGGGCGUCGGUGCCGGAGGCCGUGGCAGCCAGUCGACGAUGAAGAGGCGCCCGCCGCCAGCCGCCAGGCGUCCUCCAGAGCAUCUAGGCCGCUAUUGGCGUUCAGCUUCGGCGGCGCACGGACGCAGAAUCCUUCCUCCUGCUCGGAGGAAGGCCAUGGCGACGGGCGGUGGUGGUGGAUGCUGGCGCUGGCGGUGGGCGCGAGCUCGACGCGCCUCCUCGGCGUCAAGCGGGGCCUUCAUGCAACGACGGAGACCCAUUGGUUGGUUGUUGGUGUUGCUGGCGCGGGACGUGUUCUGGCCCAUCUCGUAGCAGCCCAAACGUGUUCAACCAACGCAGCAAGUUUCAGGAUACUCGACAGGGCACGCAAGAUUAACGGACGUACGGCUCCGACUCCGAGAGGCGAGAUUCCGAUUUGAUUGCAGAACUGAUGUCAGAUUCCGAAUCAAAAAACAAAAAGUAAAAACGAUUCGGACAAUGCAAGCAUCCUCUUCCUAUAAAAGUCUUUCUUGUUUUAGUUACAGGGAAUUCGCUUAGUAUCG